AUGUCAAAAAGAAAAAGAAAACAUGCACAAGGACAUCAAAGAACAGGCCGCUCCACAUCACCUACAUCCUAUGUUUUGAAAAACUUGGAGCAUUUCAGUUUUUUAGACUUUUGCGCAACGUUUACUGAUACUCUUAAGGACAAGAAAGACAGCGAGUGUGUUCUAAAAAAGGUCUUGAGAAUCAUCAAAGACUCGAAAUCCGUAAAUAAGGACCAAAAAGACAAAGCUGAUACCAUCCUGAAUGAUAUUGAGGUGAUCGUGGAAGACGACCGGGUGAGCAACCUAUUCAACAUCAAAAAACUAAAACGGGCUGCGGCAGAGAAAACUACAGAAGAAUACAUCUUUACCCAAGGCGUCGGUAGUAAUAUGCUUCGUCAAGCAGGAAGCUCCUCUACAAAGAGUGCUCUAUCAUUUGCAGAAAGCAGCACUUGUAGUGAAUUCCAUCCCAGAGAGAGUACUCCCAGCAGCGAUGCUACUCGAGAAAGGCCUACUACAGAUAUCUUCAGCAACACCAAAAUGGAUUAUCUAGUUUCAGCGAAUGCCAGCGAUACGAUCGACAUCAGCGCUUUGAGCAAAAAGUGGAUUUUGAAAAGCGGUUACGACUUUUCUGAUGCAUUUUUAAAGAAACGAAAUCAGUUGGUAGAUAGCUCAUUCAACAAUGGAACAAUAUUGAGUGAAGAAGAAGAGUUAGCCAUCAAUGGCGUUGUUUUAUUAGAUGAUGAUUUGCAAUCGAAUAUGGUUGAUGAGGAUGUAUACGAGGAAGCUUGUCAAGAUAUGGAUGAAAGAUACAGACAAUACGAGGAAACAGAAGAAACAUACUCGCAUUGUGUCAUGCAAUUUGCAAAGUUGAUGUCAAAAGGAAGAUACUGCAAGGCAGAGGAAGCAAUCAACGAAUCGAGCGUGCCUAGUCAUGUCAAGGCAACAUUAUAUUCUCUCAAACGAACUUACGGAGUGGGAUACAACACAGAGACAUUAAAUGAAAGCACAGGAGUAAAAGAUGGGAUUCUGCCAUUUCUCGACAAUCUAUUUCCAAACUGCAAAAAAUACACGACGUAUGGAGCUGAUAAGGGGAUCGAGGAUUCCAGAAAAAGAUUUAUUGAGAUGGAUCCAUCUUUGCAAGAUCAUGUACGCAAGGCAGACUUCUCUGUUGUCAGCAACAGAUCGAGUCAUUUGAUAUUAGCCGUGGAAUCCAAGUCAGAGCGCACAAGAAACAAGUCAAAAGGAGAUGUGACAAAAAUGGCCCGAUACAUGAAAGACACUAUUGACAGCAUACAACGCCAUGGAUUCCAGCAAGUGCCGAUCGCCGGGUUGAUAACAAGUGGUGCAUGCUGCUCUGUCUACAUCAUGUCGCAUCAACAUGAUUAUUUGUAUACAAUGUUCAGACAAGGUCGAUUUUAUAUGCCACUCAAUCAUCAUGAUAUGUUUCGCAUUGGGUCCAUAUUUUCCAUACUACAACAUCUGAAGAAGAUCUUGGAGCCCACCAUACACGAAUUAUCGUUGCUGAAGGAUAACAAAGGACCCGAAAAUCUGAUGGCAUUGAAGCAUUUGAAAACGUACCACACCCCCAUCAAAACCCAAGGAGAAAGAAUCAAGAAAGUAAAUUUGUCAAGUCUUGGAAUCCAGCAUGCCUCAAGAAAACUGCAGUUUGAGUAA